AUGCGCUUCCCCAUCCCCUCCACCGGCAUCAACGCCUGUGCACUCUCCUGGCAGCCGCCUCCCGAGUUCUCUGCGCGUGUCAAGGACCUCACAACCAAGGGGGAUAUAACGGAAAUUGAAGUCUGGCAGCUGAUCGCACCCUCGGCCACCUCGGCCACCAUCUCUUCCAGUAUGGACGAGAUCGACUAUGACAUCUUAUCGUAUGCGAAUCUUCCCGUGCGCGGAGAGCUGCUCGGUGUGCUAGACCUCACAGCCAAGCCGAACAGCACCACAGUGGAGUUCGCCUGUCCCAGCGGGGCGGAGAGUCUAGUGGUGGAGAUGAGGUGCCAGCGCGUGGCGUGUCAUGUGAGCUUUAUGCAGAUUGAUAUAGUGCCGAGGUUUGGGUUUGAGUUGGUGAAAAGGGGGGAGUGA